GUUGUCCGCAGCAUCCGGCUAGAGGUGGGGUGAGUUCGGUCGAUUUUCGUACGUUUCGCAAAACGCAAGAUGUAGAGGGCGUUCUCGUAGAUAUUCCAACGUUGAAAAGGACGACUGUAGUGGCGAUGCUCGCAGCGAGGGUCAGUGAGAAAAGCGAGCGAGAGAGCGAGGAUCAGUGUGGUGCUCGCGGCUAUCAGUGGGCUGCCAGUGGUUGCCCUGGGCACCACCUGCGCGGAUGGAGCCUACUCGUGUACCCAGGGGCCCUGGUCCGCGUCUCGUUUUUCUCUUUGCCACGCUCGUUCUUACCUUUGCAGCAACCGGUUUGUUGUGUGGAGCAAUAAUGACCGAUCAUUGGGAGGAGGUUGGCUGGGAUAAAGAAGCCCUCAUUCAUGCCAAUGUUAGUCUCACAUGGUUGGAUGAUCAAGUGGCAAUGUUAGAGACACCACCUGCUCACAGAAAUCAUCAUCGUGGUAGACGUGGCUCUUUCUUGGUACCCAUGCACGGUGGAAUCUGGACAAUGUGCGUCUCGUUAUCGGACGACGAAAUACGACUACUGGGUCAGGUGGGCUUUCCGCAAGAGAGAUGCAUUAACUACUUGACACCCGACGAGGCACACGAAGAAAUCCGCGUUGCGUGGCAGAAUCGGAUGCAGAAUUUAAGUAUUUCUUGCUCCCUCGUUUGUCUGAUAAUCCUCGGCACCGCCGUGCUAAUAGGAUUUUUUGGCUUGUGCAGACAUCAAAUAUCGGCCGUUCUUGUUACAGGAGUGAUGUAUUUAUUGGCAGCGACAUUUGCGCUCUUCACGUUGACCAUCAUCCACUUCAAGAGAGCUCAAGACCGAGGUAUUCGUAUAAUUAAUGGUCCGGAAGAUGGCGUGAUAGGCGGACCAGUGUCACGUGCCAUUCUAAAAGCACGUCGUUUUACGACCUCUUGGAGCAUGGAUUUCGGAUGGGGUGGUGUAACCCUGUGCGCUCUCGCCUCGGUAGCUUGGAUUUUGCUUAGCAAGAUAAUGCGUUUUAGUCCAAUCGCAGCCAUGAUCGCGUAGCAGUGGGAGGCCUUCGAGGUCUAAGGUCAUUUUGCGACUGGUGUCUAUUGCGAUAGAGGAUUUCUGAAGUAAGAUGAGAAGAACAAGGGGAGAGAGAAAAAGAGAGAGAGAAAGAGAGAGAGAGAGAGAGAGAGAGAGAGAAAAACUAACCUUUCUCAAGAUACAUCGAAGCCAAGAAGAGGAAUAAAGAUCGUACGUACGUGCGUCUCUUUUUACGCGUGAUUUGAAAUCACACGUAAUUGGAUGUGAUAAAAAAAAUAUACGCGAGAUACGAUAGUGUAAUACUAGAGAUCGAUGAUGUGUCGGUAUAAAAAUAUCAUUCCAUUGCACUUCCAGGGUAUAUAGGUUAUAUUAUUGAACCUCGGAGUGUAACUACGAUCUAAUGAUUUGAUAAGGAUUUAAAUACGAAUCGUCCGAUGAAGUUCUGCAGUAAGUCGAUGACCGAUCAUUUUUAUAAACAUUAUAUAUUUAAUACGGAAUAUCGGCGUGCUGCUGUACUUUUAUCAUUUUAGAAAGCUUUUGCAUUUGAUGGCGAUGUAAAUGUUUGUAAAUGUCGCGAAAGAUACGCACGUAAUUAUGAUCAUAUUUAUAAAGUUUCGAUCUUUACAGUAUCAGAAAGUCACGUUGGCAUCCGUUUUGAAAAAUCUCUAUCGAGCAUGAAUAUUCAAUGAAAUUGACCAUCUCGAAGGCACUAUAAAUUUCUCUAUACAAAAGAAUAUUAGUUUAUGUACGCUUCGUACACUUUUUACUUAAGUUUCAUCUUUACGAAACACAUGACAGAAUAGUUUCUGGCAGGCAGUUAGAUAAUAUUCUAAAUACAAUAUUUUGUACCGGUUAAUGAGAAUCCCAAUCAUUCUAGAUAGCUUAUUUUGACAUGAGUAAAUACUGAUUGGAAGGAUUAGUUUUAUGUAGGUAUUUUUAGAGAUCAAACUUAAUUUUUAUUCUCGUUACUAUGCCUAUGUAUAUUUUUAUUAAAAGUCUCAUUCUUAAGAGUAUUUGACAUUCAGGGUAGGGUAUCAGACUGAAAGAACAAACAGUAUUUGCCCUUGUAUUUUAGCUUUUGUUUACAGUCGAAUUAUGUCAUAUUGCAAGAAACAGCUACUUAACCGAUCAAAAUUUGAGAACAAUUAAUACAGAUAAAUUAAAUGAAAAUCUAUCAUUUAAUGAAGCUUGAAAAGUUAAAAAUACAGUAACUGUUUCUGGUAAUUUGGCUUUAGUCAAUUAAAA